GUUUCAGCUCAGACGAAGAUGCUCCUCCACCUAAACAUAAAAAGAGGAUGUACAUGAACCAGCCUCACCUGCGCUUUGAAAUCACCAGUGAUGAUGGAUUUAGUGUUAAAGCAAACAGCAUCGAGGUCGCCUGGCGUGCUGUGAUUGAUGGUGUCCUUGAAGCUCGUGCUGGCUUCCAUCUGAAGCAGCUGCCACUGGGUGGGAUGAGCGGGCCGCGGGUGCUCGGUGUCGUCCACGAUGCCGUCAUCUUCCUGCUGGAGCAACUGCAGGGGGCCACGAACUGCAAAUACCACCGCUUCCGCUUCCACCGCUGUGAUGCCAUCGAGGAAGAGCUUCCCCUCAACCCAAGUGGCUGCGCCCGAACUGAAAUCUACACAAGGAAAGCAACUUUUGAUAUGUUCAACUUCCUGGCAUCGCAGCACAGAGAGCCCCCGGACAUCGUCGGCCCCUUUGAUGAAGAGGAGGAUGAAUUCCCUCUCAAAUCUUCUAGACGAGCCACCAGCAGUGAGCUGCCCAUGGCGAUGAGAUUCAGGCACCUGGAGAAAAUAUCCAAAGAAGCAGUUGGAGUUUACAGAUCUCAAAUUCACGGACGUGGACUCUACUGUAAGAGGAACAUCGAGGCUGGGGAGAUGGUGAUCGAGUACGCUGGCACCGUCAUCCGCUCUGUACUGACUGAUAUGAGGGAGAAAUAUUAUGACAGCAAGGGCAUCGGCUGCUACAUGUUCCGCAUCGACGACUUCGACGUGGUGGACGCGACGAUGCAGGGCAACGCCGCUCGCUUCAUCAACCACUCGUGCGAGCCCAACUGCUACUCCCGCGUCAUCAACGUGGACGGCCGCAAGCACAUUGUCAUCUUCGCCCUGAGGAAGAUCUACCGCGGCGAGGAGCUCACAUACGACUACAAGUUCCCCAUCGAGGACGAGGACAGCAAGCUGCACUGCAACUGCGCGACGAGACGCUGCCGCCGUUUCCUAAAUUAGUAUGACACUGCGCACCAAUGCUCAUCUUGUUGAAUAAUGCACUUGAAUUCGGAAAGUGGACUUUGACGAAUCGAUGAAGGCGACUGCUGUGACGUAGCCAUAAGGAGAGAGGUCGCCGAUGUGCACAGAUCUGAUCUACUGAGUCUUCACUUCAUUGGAAGCUUAAUUUAUCGACUGGGCGAAAAACCAGAUUAGAGCCAUAUGUCAAAGCUUGGGAAGAAGACUAUUUAUUCAGUUUGUGACUGCUGGAUUGUUGCUCUCGUUUUGUUCAUUUUGUUGUUAUUCAUUUACUUUCUGAUACACCUCACUCUUUCAGUCUUUGUCAGCAGUAGCCUCUGCUGGAGCUCGGGAGGUGACGACUACCAGCCAAAAAUGGUGCAAACUAAAAUAACCUGAUUUGCAUUUACUAUAAUGUAAAGAUGGAUCCAUUACUAUGCUGGUGACAGGGUGUCUUUGGUCUCAGAAAGGGAUGACAACAACUAAUUUAACUCAGCACCUUAUUUUGAAAAGACCCUCUCAGGCAGCACUGGUGUCACAGCAGACGAGACUGAUUUUUUAUUUCAGAUUAAAAGUAACUCAAAGCACCUUGUGCACGUUGUAGUGCAGCUACAUUUUAACAUCACUCUGGACGCCACAGGGAUGACAAUAAGGUGCUGAUGACAUUUACCCUAAUGGGUACUUUUAAUAAGAGUCACCCAAACUUUUUCCACCUCUCAGAAAAAUCUCACUUUUAUUUGUAACAGCAGAGAUGCUGCGAUCGAAAUGCUUUUAUCUCACUAACCUGUUCUUUAUCUGUUCAUUUGUGCUGUCAGUGUAUUUUAAGGUCAAUGAGGGACUUUUCCACAGUGCAGGGUUAAAAUUGAAUAUUGAGAUCUUGCUCUGCUCGGUCCCUUAUGAAUCUUUCCUUUUUUUUUUUUUGUA